AUGCCCAAUGGAUUCACUCUACCAAUUAAAAAGGAAGAAACAGUAUAUGAUGAAGUAAAGGUGCAAAAUAAGGCAACAGAACAAACUCCUGUCACAAAUGACAAGAAANNNUCUUGUAAUAAAUCUUUUCCAUCACUAGCAACAUGCUGGGGAAUUCUGUUACUAAUUAUGGUCCUUCGAUUCUACUUCUCCACAGUUUUAGAAAAACGGAUCGCAAACUUGACUGAAGAGACACAGAUGCUCAAAAAGAAAAAUGAGGAGCUGAAGAAAGAAAAGAAAAACCUAACAGAAAUAAUACAACAGAUGACGACACAAUGGAUUGAGCUCAAUGUUAGUCGAGCUCAGUGGAGCAUUGAUGUCUACUGUCCCGAAGAAAAUAGCAACAGAAAAUGUGAGCCUUGUCAGAAGGGCUGGGAAUUAAAUUCCAGCUGCUAUGCAACUAAUAAUGCUGCCCAAGGUGAAUGGAAAACCUGGGAAGAAGCUCGAAAAGACUGCAGAGGAAAGAUUUCAGAUUUGGCUGUUGCAAUUAAUGAAGAAGAAACGAAAAUUAUUCGUGAAAAGAGUUGGCAAAAUAAUGAAAACCCAGGAUACUGGAUUGGCCUGAGAGUUGAAGAUGGGAAAUGGAAGUGGCUGGAUGGAAGGGAUCUGACUAAUAACUCCUGGAUCGACCAGUCAUCUCCUUCUGAUGGUCACUGUGCAAUCUCUCUCCAAAACCAAGGAUUUAAAUCAGUCAGCUGUGAUAAGAAGAACCAAUGGAUCUGCAAGAAGAAAGCUUUGUCUGUUUGA